AUGCCCGUCUUUGGAGAACCUUUAGUCGACGACCCCUCCAGUGAUCCGACUCAACUAACACGAUGGAGUUAUGCGAGCCCCUCUGAUCCUCCGCUGCCCGAUGAAGAUGUCACCCAGCCCUUCUGCCCCCGUCAUGCGGUCACCAUUGCUCAUCUAAAUAAGAACUCCUUUGGGCCUCACAAAACAUCCUCAACUCCUCCCCAUCGUGAUAGGCACUUUGGCAACUUGGACUAUGUCCUAUCCCGCCGGGACUGGUGUCGAGUGUGCGGUCUUAUUGCCAAUGUUGUUCUUGAAGAUCCCGCAAACUCCCUCUUGGACAGCAAAAAUGCCGAUCUCAUUGCUUGUUGGAUAUGGGACGGAGUGCUCGACGACAGCAGCACAGACAUGGGAACGCUUCGUCUACGGAUCGCCCCGGAAAUGAUAGGCUGGGAAGAUUCCUUUGAACCUUUCGAUCUCGUUCCCUUAGCGGAUGAAGAGGCAGAGAACAAAUUGUUCAUGGGGCGUAGGAUCGGCGAGACUCGGUUCGACUUGGAGCUGGUCAAAGGCUGGGUCAACCACUGCGCUGAAUGGCAUGGCCACGAGUGCUUGGACACGACACCGUGGCAGACUCUGGAUUAUGGCGUGUCCUUCAUCCGAAUGGUCUCCCUGAAUGAUUGCAAGUUGAUCGAAACUUCCUGUCCCCCGCCCUAUGUAGCCCUCAGCUAUGUCUGGGGCUCUGCUCCCGUAUUCAAGACGACGCAGAGCAAUAUCAGCGACCUGAUGCAGCAUCAAGGCUUGCCAGUGUCGUCUCUUCCCAAAUCCAUCCGCGAUGCCAUGACUCUAGCGCAGGAGCUCGGCUUUGAGUACAUCUGGAUCGACUCCCUUUGCAUCAUACAAGACUCCGGAGACGACAAAGUGCAGCAGCUGCGCAUGAUGGACAGCAUAUACAGCCGUGCAAGCCUCACCAUUGUUGCCGCAGCCGGCUCCCAUGCCAACGCGGGGAUCCUCGGCCUACAACCAGGCACGAGGUCUCGGAAACAGCACAUAGUCCAGGUCUCUGACGAUCUAGCUCUUGUCGCACUUCAUCCGGAUACUCAGCGAAGCGCAGCGGCAACCACGUGGUACACCAGGGGCUGGACAUAUCAAGAGCUUCUUCUUUCGAAACGGUGCCUUUACUCGUUUCCUGACGGCUCGGUGAGCUUUCAGUGUUCGAGAGCCGUCUGGGGAGAGGAUUACUAUGCCGAGACGCCGCACUUGAAGCGGUGCGCGCCGAUGCUCGAUAUCUCGCUGAAUCGAAGCUGGAGCCACCUCGGAAGUGUCAGGGAGAGAGGUGCUCCAACCGUUCACGUCAAGGAUACGCCGUAUCUACAUGAAUACAGUCGCCUCGUCGAGGCGUACACCGGACGAAACAUGUCAUAUGCGAGUGACCGGCUGGCAGGCAUCAGCGGCGUUCUGGAUGUCCUCCAGCGAGAGUUUGGCCUCUAUUUCCUUCAUGGACUGCCAGAGGUCCUCAUACACAUGGCUCUUCUCUGGCAGCCGCGGAACAAGCUGAAGCGCGUUCCGAAAGAUGACAGCACUGGUCUGCCGCUGUACCCAAGUUGGUCGUGGACUGGCUGGACUGGACCGGUGGGCUACGAGGACUGGAAUGCAUUCAAUAGCAUGCCUGAGUUGGAGGAUCGAGCGAAGCGGCCGGUCAAUACACCCGGCCAGCCGCCUUGUCUCAGUCUGCGGACGCGCAAGGCAAGCUUCCGACUGACCAACCUGAUUCUAAGCCCGUACUUUAAGACGGACGACUAUCCCAUCGAGCAACGAGGCCGAUUUGGCCUCUCCCUGCCGUCGCCGUCGGAAGGAGACCGGCCUUGGCUGGGGACCAUUCUUCUGCCGGUGCAGUAUCAUGCCAAGAUGGCGCAGGAUCACGAGUUCAUCAUCUUGUCGGAGAGCUAUGGGUUUCAUCGCAACGAGGUGGCUGCGACGGCUGAGCAGAUGAAGCCGUUUGAGAUCUACGAUGUAAUGAUGAUUCGACGGGUUGUCGGCGAGGAACUGGCGCUGUAUCGGGCUCAACUUGCGGGGAUAUGUGAACAGGGGUCGACGGGGAGUUGGCUGGAUGGAAAGAGUGUUGUGGAGAGAAUCGGAGUUGGCAGGAUGUUGAAGAGUGCCUGGAGUGGUGAUGGUGACUGGGAAGACUUUAUCCUCGUCUAA